GGCUGCUCCACCGAGAGCCAUCUCGGACGGGCAGGCGGCCGGCCGGCCGUUGACCUCAGAAAUGGACCCGAUGGUCGCUGGAUGCUGCUCCGUGGUGCCGGGAAGAGGGAAGAGGGAGCAGUGGAGUGUCGACAACGGAUAGGAGGUAGGACGGACGAAGGAGGCAGAGAGGGAGGCAGUGAGAAAAAUAGUGAGAUAAGUGUCGGCAAAAAGUGAGCGACAGGAGGGAAUCCUUCUGGACCGCCAUCGGCGGUAUAUACAGCACUCCGAUCAUGACAACACCAGCAGUGUCUACCCACGCCCGGGAGGCUCUGCUGGUUCUGGUUAUAAUGGCCUGCCUCGCAUCAACAGGAGUUAUCGACAGCCAGUGGUGGCUCCCGCCCCGCGCCGACGACCCAGCGCUGGUGGCUCACGUGGCUGACCAGCUGAUACCUCCGAGCCAGGAGCCGUACAACCUCCAAUAUCCCAACAGGCAGCUGUUUGGUCAGACGCACCAGGUCCGCUUCAUCCAGGCCAUCACCAAAAACAAGACGGGCGGCUUUUUCAUCGAGACGGGCGCCUACGACGGUGAGCUGAUGUCAAACUCACUAGAGCUGGAGCGCUCUCUCGGCUGGCGGGGUCUACUGAUCGAGCCUGCCAGGGGGCUGUUCGCCACUAUGAUGACAAAACACCGCCGCUCGUGGGCGCUGCAGGCCUGCUGCAGUCAGACAGGAGCUCCCUUCCAGGCGAUGUUCCGAGACCAGGUCAAGUACGGUAUCGCCUCCGUGGAGGACGGCUUCUCGGCCCAGAAAGUCUCCAAUAAUAUCAAAAAGCACCUCCAUCCGAACGAGGCCAUCGUUCGAUACCCGGUGGACUGCUACCCGCUCUACACGAUAUUGCUGGCCAUGAACAUAACCACAGUGGAUUUCUUCAGCCUAGAUGUGGAGGGGCAGGAGAUGGGCGUCCUGGCCUAUCUGCCCUGGGAUAAGCUGAAUAUAAAGUUGGUGCUCGUCGAGUUCCACAUGGGUCACUUCUGGAACCCGCAUACCGACCAGAUACGCUGGUUCAUGGAGCAGCAGGGUUACCUGGCCUUCCACCUGACACAGGACUGGCUGUUCGUCAAGAGGGACUGUGAGUUCGCUCAGGAAGCGGACACUAUCCUGAGGAGGGUGAAGCAGGAGUUGGCUGGUGUGAUACCUGAGCCAGGGGACUAUCUUCACCAGGCCUUCAGUCCGUUCAAUGAUUGAAUUCGGGGGAGAGUUUAACCUCUGUGUUGGUGUGAUAUUAUUGCAGCUAAGGGCUAUGUUAUGUUGUGCGAUUCUUUUCAGGGAUGUGCGUAAGCUACUAAAUGAGUAAGUAAGUGAGCGCGAGAGUGAGCGAGACAGAGAAAGAGAGAAAAAGAGAAAGAGUAAGAGAAGGAGAGAAGGAUGCACGCAGGCCAGGGAGAGAGGAUGGGAAGGAAACAGGGCGAGGGAGGAACCGUUUAUGUUACCACUGAAAUCGCAACAGAACUGCAAUUGAAAUUGCAAAAGACUGACGCAUAUAUUACCUGUUAUGUUGGCAUGGUUUGUCAUUGUUAAAGAGGUGAAUGAACGCUAAGCGCUUAUACAUACCUAGAUGUGCCGGCUUUCACAACGCACAUGUAGGUCUGGUGUUAACCAGCGACCGGAAGGCCUUCAUGCAGCAGUGUUUCAUCACUCGACCACUCCGUGCCAACCUAUUUGUUAGGAUGUUUUUUAUUGCUUAUACCCAUGCUCUGAUUUCUUAACUCUGGAGCUUGCAUUGUUAUCAGAGUAAUCAGUAGUGCCAUGCCAUCCUGCAGAUUGCAAGUCUGAUGUAAUUCGACAUCUGCUUUAGCCGUUCUUCAUUAUGUUUGUUGCGCAAAAUGGGUAGAAGCAUUUUAUUCGUUUUCGUGAACUUGUGUGGUGCGUAAUGUUCUGAAAUAGACUGAAGUUCAUGACUGUGAAAA